UGCCCCCCCUCCCGGUGCCGCCCUCGGCUCCCCCCGGUCCCCCCGCCCGGCUGCCGUCCCCUCCCCGGGCGGGCGGAGCUGGCAUGGCAGGGCCGCGCUGAGCCGGGCCAUGGACCAGCACCUGCGGCGGCUCAGGCAGGAGCUGCUCUCCAUGAAGGAGGUCGGGGACGGGCUGCAGGAGCAGAUGAACUGCAUGAUGGGUGCGCUGCAGGAGCUGAAACUCCUGCAGGUGCAGACGGCUCUGGAGCAGUUGGACAUCUCGGGGAGCCGCCGCACCGUUGCUGGCACCGAGCAGCAGCAGUGCUGCUGGGGCGGCGGAGCCCUGCCCGGCGCCCUGCCGGAGCCGCGGCUGCGCGGGGCGGUGCCGGCGCAGGAGCGCAGCCCCGCGUCCCUCGCGUGUGCCCGGCCACGGCCAGAGGCUUCGUCCCGUCCUGCCGCGCUCCUGGAGAGCGGCCCCCCCGCCAGGGACACCCCCUCCUCCUUCGGGAGCCUCUGCAGUGAGAACGUUUGCCACCCUACAGGACCUUCCUCCCCCUGGAGCAGAGCCGAGCGCAGCCGCCCGCGGAGCCAGGGCACGGCGGGGGGGUGGGCAGCCUGCCAGGAGUGCCCAGGCUGCGAGGAUGGCCACGACUGGACCUCCUCCCUCAUGUCCCAGAGCAGGAACCGGCAGCCGCUGGUCUUGGGGGAUAACAUCUUUGCAGACUUGGUGGGGAACUGGUUGGAUCUGCCCGAGCUGGACAAGAAGGGGGAGAAGAGCGAGGCCUCCCUGUCCUUGAGCAGGUCCCAGGAGCUCUGCAGGAAGUUCUCCCUCACAGCCAACAUCUUCAAGAAGUUCCUGAGGAGCGUCCGGCCGGACCGGGACAGGCUUCUCAAGGAGAAGCCUUGCUGGCUUCCACCCGAGGACAAACAGCCUGCAAUCUCUAAGAGACCCAAAAAGAUGAACAAACUCAAGGGCACAUUUUACUUCCCCCUUCAUGGCAGCAUCCAGAACCAUCACAGCAAAGCUGAGAGGUGCCCAAAGGCGGAAAGCAACAGUGAGAGACCCAAAACUGGCCCCAGGAAGGUCCCCGACGCCAUGGACUACUCCCAGUCUGGGUUUGACAUCAACACAGCUGUCUGGGUCUGAGGCUGUCCACAUUUCACUGCUCUGCUUGAGCACAGCUCCCACCAGAGAGGAGCUGGAGUCUGCACACAGCUCUUCAGGAGACCCCUGAGCUCCACCUGGACUGAGCUGAGGAAUCCUCUGCAAAGCCUGCUGUGGACCUCAGCCACCUGCCAGUGGCAUCUUCUGCAGAGCUGCAGCCCCCUGGGGGGUGGCUUUUGGGGACUGGUAUUUGCUAAAGGGGUGAGUGGGGUGUCAGGGAUAGGCAGCCCCUGGAGCAUGGCCUGGGGGGAGCCUCUCCAGGCCCAUUCCAUCAUCUCAAGUGAAAGGUUGGAGCAGAUGACCCUUGGGGCCCCUUCCAAGCUGCCAUUCUGUGGGAGCUCCCCGAGUGUGCAAGUACAGCUCCAGUGUUUGGAUCAAAACCUGUCCCUGCUCCUGUGCCCUUGAACCUCUUGGCUUCUGACCCACUUUGAAGCCUCGUACCUGGAGCUCUUCUUUCAGUUGGAAGGACUGAGUCUGGAUGUCUAGGGCUGGAGCAGUUCCAAGCUGGGGGUGGGGAGCCCCAGCUUUGCUGCCCUUCAGCCGUGUGUUGCCUCCCAGUUGCACUCCCAGCACCUCUCCUUCCCCUGCCAGUUAAACCAGUAGGACACAAAGCUCUGGUCGUGGAAGUCUGUGACCUCAGUGGGUUUUUUUCCUCCCUCUCCCAGUGCCCUUGUCCCCACCCCAGGUCACAGCAGAUGCAGCAUUGCAAAAGCUGCUGGUUGGAGUUGCUCCGAGACACAGAGUUGCAGCAGACCUUGUUUGUUGUUGUUUCCUGUUGUGUACAAACCUCCUCUGGGCACAACCAGCCUCACCUCUCCCACACUUACCAAUAAAGUCUCCUCAG